UUUAUUUUUAAUAUUAGAGAUUAUAAAAUUAAAAAAAAUUGAUUUAUUUAAAGGAUGUGGUUGAUAAAGCAGAUACUUUUCCCUUUGUUCUUGAAAGAUUUAUGACGUGGAUGGCUAGCUACAAACUUGGGUGUGGCAAUUCAUUUGCCAUUGUGACGGAUGGACCAUGGGAUAUGAAUAAGUUUUUGGUUGUUCAGUGUGAUUUGAGCCAUACUUCAUUUCCAAAGUUUGGUAAAAAGUGGGUCAACAUUUGUAAAACAUUUGCCAACUUUUACAAGACAAAAAAGCGUUCAUUGAAGAAAAUGUUGCAAACGCUGGACAUGGAAUUCGAAGGACGAAAACAUUGCGGAUUAGACGAUGCUCGUAAUAUAGCCAGGAUCGUAAUUCAUUUAUUAGAAAAGGGUGCAACAGUUACUGUAAAUGAAAGACUUUCAUGGAAUGAAAUUUCUUCAAGAGUAAUAAGCGCAUCUGGAGGAUUUGGUCAUAAAGAUUAGCGAAUUAUUACAAUAGUGAGGUCAAAACCUUUAAGCAAAUCACAGAAUAAAGUGGUCAAAAAUUGGAUUUUGUAUUAUACACCCAACAUUGUACAGUUAAAACUUU